AUGUUAGAGAGACAGAAGACGGCUCUAAUUACAGGAGCCUCGAAUGGAAUAGGGAAGGACUUUGCAGGGCUUUUUGCUAAGGACGGCUAUCAGCUUGUACUAGUGGCAAGAAGUGCUGAUAAGUUAGAGCAGAUUGCUCAAGAGUUAAAAGAGCAGUAUCAAACAGAAGUGCUUGUUAUUGUUCAGGACUUGUCCCUCCCUGAUGGAGCUAAGCAGGUGUAUGCAAAGCUCAAAGAAGAUCAUAUCCAGAUUGAUGUCCUCGUCAAUAAUGCAGGUUUCGGUCGAGUAGGGGAUUUCGCUAAUGAAGAUGUUGAGGUAAUGACAGAGAUGAUUAACCUUAAUAUAACUAGUUUGACAGAAUUGACAGCUUUAGUCCUGCCUGAAAUGUUAGAACGAAAUAGUGGGAAAAUCCUGAAUGUGGCUUCUACAGCUGCUUUCCAAGCUCUACCUACUUUUAGCGUUUAUGCUGCAACGAAGGCUUAUGUGCUUAGUCUUACAGAGGCUUUGCACUACGAACUAAAGGAUACUAAUAUUGCUGUUACAGCUCUUUGCCCAGGUCCUACUUCGACAGGCUUUGCUAAGCGAGCUAAUGCCGAAGCUCUAACGCUCUUUAAGAAUGUGAUGAGCUCUCAAGAGGUUGCCCAAGCUGGCUAUGAUGCCUUGAUGAAGAAUAAGAUGACGCUGAUAACAGGUUUUACGAAUAAGUUACUAGCUUUCUUUACGCAUAUUAUUCCCUCAAGACGUCUGCUUAUAAGCAUUGUUGGUCGAAUAGCUAAGUUAUGA